AUGGUGGAGUCUCUCAUUAGAGGUAGUAAUGCCAGUACCCAAGUUUCUCACCCCUAUUACCCUCUAGGUGUCAUAGUCGAUAACUAUGUCACAAAUACUAUUCCUGCCCCGGUACUCGUGUUGAUAUUUGCUGUCGGCACCUUGGCCAUUUUUGGAGGAACCCAUCUUGUCAUUAAGCAUUCAAGACUCAACAUACCUCCAUCAGAGGUUGCUGCCACCAUGUGGUUCGUCCUAUGUGGUUUUAUCCACCUCUUCUUCGAAGGCUAUCUUUCAGUGAACUUCCGAGACGUGGCAGGUCGCAGCGACAUUUUUGGCCAGCUGUGGAAAGAAUACUCUCUCUCCGACUCUAGAUAUCUGCUACAAGAUCCCUUUGUCGUCUGCAUGGAGACUGUCACCGCUUUCAUAUGGGGCCCUAUGUCCUUCGCUUGCGCCUACUGUAUCAUCAAGGAUCACCCGUUACGUCACCCUCUCCAAUCCAUCAUUAGUUUGGGACAGCUCUACGGCGAUAUACUCUACUUUGCCACUACCAGCUUCAACGAGACCAUCGCUCAAAUUAUUUCCUGCCGACCAGAGACAUUCUACUUCUGGUUCUACUAUGUGUUCUUUAACGCAUGGUGGAUCGUUAUCCCGCUAUUGCUGGUCUUGCACAGCUCCAAAGAGACGGCGGCUUCCUUUACCAAAGUGAAAGCGCUAGAAAAGGAGAAUGGUAUUCGGAAAAACCUCUAG